AUGGUCCUGGUGCCAAAACGGAGCUGGCUUGGUGUUUUCUUCGCCCUGUACGUGCACCUCUGGCGGGCACACCGGAAGCUGCGCAGCACGCCCGAGGAGUUCUCCUACGCCCAGCUGAGCGCGCCGCUGCUGGAUGCGCAGGUGCACGACCUGGAGGCCGGCGAGCGGCGCAUCCGCGCGGUGGCGACGCCGCCCGGGUGGUCCGGGAAGACCGUGGUGCUGGUGCACGACCUGAAGAUGCGGCUGGAGACCUGGUCCCUGGUUUGGGAGCAACUUCGGGAACAGGGUCACCGGCUCAUCGCAGCAGACUUGGCGGGGCAUGGUGAGAGCACCUUGACGCCUGGCUCGCUGGAACUGUCCUCACUGAGUAUGGAUUUGAAGCGGCUCUUGGAAUACUUCCACGUAACUGAAGGAGCAGUGGUUGGUCAUGGAGUGGGUGGCUUUAUCGCAGUCCAGUUCUUGCUCGAGCACCGGCUUGCCGCCAGGAGGCUGCCAUUCGGCCUGGUGUGCGUCUCUUGCACCGCUGGCAACCUGCAGAAGGCCGUGGGUCGAGAAUUCCUGCGCACCCUGGCCACGGCUUUUGCAGCUCUGCGCCUGCCGGAGCUGCUGACCUACUUCGACCUGCCUGGCGAAGCCUCGGUCGCGAGGCGCUUGGGUCAAAACGCCACCCAUGGUGUGGUACGUGUGGCGCUGGAAGCCAAGCGACGCGCUGCCAGCGACUGGGCGCUGCGGAACCUGAGUGAUGCGCUGUGGACGCUGGAUCUCCACCCGAGCCUUGCCACACUGCGGUUCCCCUGUUCCGUGCUGCUGAGCCGAGAUGACAGAGUGCAGCCCGAAGCGCUGCGGGAAGCCUUUGCAGCCACUGGCCAGAUGCGGUAUUUCAAGCUGCUGGAUGACGCUGGGUCCUUCUUGCCUUUGAUCAAGCCGAAAGAGGUUGCGGAAGCUGUGUCGAAGAUCUUUGCUUGA